GUUUUGUCACCUGUUCCAGCAUGUGCACCCCGGGUGAACUGGCCCAUGACUAGUUUCCUCUCCUUUCUUUCCCUCCGCGCGGGCGGCCACCACCUCCCAACUCUCUGACCCGUCCAGUCAGAGACCCUUUCCUGUGGCUACUGCACUUCUCUGGUCUCCACAAGUCACACUUGCACUGCGAUGUUUCCCCCCUAGCACAGUCCGCUUUCUCCCCGUGGCUCAGCUCGCGCGCAGCCGGUGCACCAGGCGCACCUAGAUCCGGGGACCUGGGACCCUGCUCCCCGCCGGGACCGGCGCAACCCGGCGCCGGAAGCCUCUGCGCCGCCCCUUCCUCGCGCCUCUGGCCUUAUCUCCUUGCACAGGGGCCUCCGGGGAGUGGCGGGCGCCGGGAGGGAGCCAGCGGCAUGGGCCGGGGUCCCCGGGGCACGCGCCGCUCUCCAGGAUGCGGGUUGCAGCGGCUGCUGCGGCUCGUGCUGCUGCUCAGCCUAGCCCGCGGCGUCAGCGGAGAGCCUGGCACGGAAGAUGUAGAUGUCUGUGCCACGUGCCAUGAACAUGCCACAUGCCAGCAAAAGGAAGGGAAGAGAAUCUGCAUUUGCAACUAUGGGUUUUGGGGCAACGGGAGGACACGGUGUGUUGACAAAGAUGAGUGCCAGUUUGGAGCCACUGUGAUCUGUGGGAACCACACAUCCUGCCACAACACGCCUGGAGGGUUCUACUGCAUUUGCCACGAGGGCUACCGGGCCACAAAUAACAACGAGACGUUCAUCCCCAAUGACGGCACUUUCUGUGCAGAGUCACCUGCUAUUGCCAGCAGCCACAACGCCUCAGGGAAGCCUAUACCGCAAGGCAGUCGUUGCCUGACUUCUCAUUUCGAGACAUCGAUGAGUGUGAAGAUUCUGGCCUGUGCAGACAUGGAGGGCGGUGUGUCAAUACUCCUGGGAGCUUUGCAUGCUACUGCAUGGAAGGGUAUGUGGCAAAGAACGGGCCUGAGCCUUUCCACCCACGCACGGAUGCCACAUCGUGCACAGAAAUAGACUGUGGCAUCCCUCCUGAAGUUCCUGAGGGCUACGUCGUGGGAAGCUACAGCUCCACACUGGGCGGCCAGGCCCAUUAUAGCUGCAAGGAAGGGUUUCUCAGCGUCUCAGGAGACAGAAUUUCACGAUGCACAGCCCUGGGUGUGUGGGAACCUCCCAAGUUACAUUGCCAAGAGAUCAGCUGUGGCAGCCCUCCUGAAAUUCAGAACGCCAUCUUGGUCGGGAAUCACAGCUCCAGACAGGGGAGUGUGGCUCAUUAUGACUGUCAGGAGGGCUUUGAGAGUCCAGGAGGAAAGAUCACUUCCGUUUGCACAGAGAAAGGCGCCUGGAGUGAAAUCACUUAUGCAUGCACAGAAAUAAUGAUAGAAAUUCAUGAUGUGUUGGUGUUUAAUGACACCUGUGUGAGAUGGCAAAUAAGUCCAGAGAGAGUGAACGCCAGGAUCGUGUACUUGAUACGCGUUGAAAGACAGCAGCCGGAUGCUGCGGAAUCAGUUUAUGAGGAGACAGUCAAUGUGACCACAGACAGCAGAACCCCAGAAGUGUGCCUGCACCUCCAACAAGGAACCAAUUACACCAUAAGCAUUUCUGCAGCCCCUCCCAGGCGCUCUGUGCCCGCCAUCCUUGGCUUCCAGACCCCUGAAGAUGAUCUCUUAGAAGAUGACGGACUUUUCAAUAUCUCAGUAUUUAAUGAAACUUGUUUGACGUUGAGCAGGCACUCUAGGCAAGUUGGAUCAGAACAAAUGUACCAAGUGGAGGUUCUGGGUCAGAGGUGGUAUCUAGAGAGCUCCUACCAUGCUGCUCUCUUUAACUUCACAACAAGAGACCGAGCUCCAGAAGUGUGUUUAGAUCUGUACCCCGCUACUGAUUACACGAUAAACAUCACCCUUCUGAGACCCACUGAGCCGCGCUCCGCACAAAUAACCAUAACAACCUCAGUGACAGCAAAACAGACCAUCGCUAAUAUUUCGGUAUAUAAUGAUACCUGCCUGAGAUGGAGCAGCCUCAAGACAGCUGAUGUACUAGAGAUGUAUUUAUUCCACAUUUGGGGCCAGAGAUGGUAUCAGAAGGCAUUUGUCCAGGAAAUGGUCUUCAAUACAACCAGCAGCAGCCAGGACCCUGAGAUAUGCCUGGACCUGCAUCAAGGCACCAGCUACAACGUUAGCCUUCAGGCUCUGUCUUCGGCACUUCCCGUGGUCAUCUACCUGACAACCCAGAUCACAGAGCCCCCACUUCCUGAAGUAGACUUUUUCACUGUGCGGGGAAGGCCUCUACCACGCUUCACGCUGAGGAAAGUCAAGGAGAUAAAUGGACCUAUCAGUUCAUAUCAGGUGUUGGUCCUUCCCCUGUCCUUGCAAAGCACAUUUUCUUGUGAUUCUGAAGGCAUGACUUCAUUCUUUGGCAACACUUCUCCUGCUGACGGAUAUGUGGCUGCAGAAAUCCUGGCCAGUGAUGUUCCAGACGACACGUUGGAGAUAUCUAUUGGAGACAGGCUCUACUAUGGGGAAUAUUACAAUGCACCUUUGAAAACAGGAAAUGAGUACUGCAUUCUGUUACGGAUCACAAGUGAAUGGAAUAAGGUGAGAAGAUAUUCCUGUGCUGUCUGGGCUGAGGUAAAAGACUCAUCGCUCACAGCGCAGCAGAUGGUGGGUGUUGGACUGGGCUCCGUGGCUUUUGUGACCAUCCUUGCAUUCUUCUCCUUCUCAGCAGUGUGAUGGCUCAGCCUGGGAAGACUGACUUGAUGAUGCACAGAUGUUCUGACAGCUUCUCAGGCCCGUCUGUGGUGUGGCUCCCAUCCUAAGCCCUGGUGUGGGGCUGAAACUUUCUCCAACCCAGCAUGACCUCAUUCCUGAAUUUGAGAUGAUAGCCAUCUCUGUGGAAUCUUAAAACUUGGGAGCAGUUUAUGUGUGCUUCGUGCUUUCUGGAUCAGUUGUAUAUCUGUGACCUCAAGACUCAUGUCCAAUGUAACACCACAGGCCACAGACCCUGUGAGUCAGCCCCUGUUUACACUGGAUGUGGACAGGCCACAGACCCUGUGACUCAGGUCCCAUAGACAUUGGAUGUUGAACCUCUGCCUCUUCCUUUAAUUAGUUCAUCUACUAACUAGUUCAGGAUCUGUUCUCCUCAACAGGUAAUGAGAUGGGCUUAAGUCUGGGCUGGAAUUGAUGAAGGAGCUCACCAGAUAGAGAACAAAUAUGAAUAGAUAUGAAUAAAUGUUUCAAGCAUUUUAGGAUUCGCCCCUGGCCUAUACCAGAAAGUACAAUAGCCUGGCUACUCUCUCAGGUUCCCUUCGUGGCUUUGAUAUAAUUCCUGUCGUUUGUGUGAGACCAAAAGUGAUGUCUGCUUUCCAGAAAAACCCAUUCUGUAAUUUCUUCCCCAUUCCUCUUUUUUGUCCCCCUUUUCUUACUCAUUUUCUAUAAAAUUGUUCUGUGCCUCCCUUGAGCUAUUUGGGUUUUGUGGUAAUGUAGGAACAGUGGACUGAAGCAGCAUCCAGCGCACGGUCAGCAUCUACACGAGUUUUAGGAAUUAGGAAGAACAGUGAUUAACAUACCCUACGUACAUCCCAGUAACCAUGACUGAAACUGUGUUCAUAUAGCCCAUGAAACAUCAGCUAUAGGCCAGGCUGGCUUACUGUCCAUGUGGAUAUACAGGUAGAGUGUAUUAAGUUUGACUUUUAAAACCCUUGGGUAUUCUUUAACUUUUUCUCUUAAGACAGCUCAACUCCGAUGGCUUAGUCGGCCAUCACUGGAAAGAGAGUCCCAUUGGACUUGCAAACUUUAUAUGCCCCAGUACAGGGGAACGCCAGGGCCAAAAAGUGGGAAUGGGUGGGUAGGGGAGUAGGAGGAGGGUAUGGGGGACUUUUGGGAUAGCAUUGGAAAUGUAAUUGAGGAAAAUACAUAAUAAAAAAAUAUUUUAAAAAAA